UUCAUAAUAAAAUCCAGCCUGUGCUAACAAAUCCGGUGUCUGUAUUAAAUGUGGUGACCACGAACUGAAAGUUCUCAGCCUAGCCUCCACUGUACCAUAAUCUGCUCGUUUUGGUCCAUUAUGUUUUUGAACACCUAAUUGAUCUAAAUUACCAUCUAUUGAAUUGUUAAUUAUAUUAACAUUUCUAAAAGUUGUACCCUGUGCUAGUUGACCGUUAUCGCUGCUAUGUAGUCUGGGAUUGAUUGUUGUAAUUACAAAUGGGCAAGCAGGAAAAUGUCUUUUAUGUUCUACAUCUGGAAUAUCAUUGGGUUCCCAAGCUCUAACGACCCCUUUGCAAAAUGCACAUUUUGUAUUGUCUCCAUUUUUCAGCGAAUAAAAUCCAGCUCUUGCUAAGUCUUCUGGUGAAACUACCUGUGGUAUGGGCCAAUUAUCGAACGAGGCUAAUCGUUCAGAUUCAUUUUUAUAGUCUAAAGGAAAGGACGAUGAAGGUAUACUUAGAGGUGAAACUACAGCAGGAAUAUUGCCGGAGGAGGCUGGAUCUGAAACGAAAGGACAAUUGGGUUUUAAGGAUCUGUGUCUGGCCAUUACUUGAUCGCCAUAGUUCCAAGUGGUUAUUUUUAAACCACACGAAAAACAUUCUACUUCUAGAUUAUUUCUAGUAAAAUAAAAACCUGCUUUGGCUAUCCUUUGAGGGCUGACUGAUGCAUCUGCAGGCCAAUCGUUGAACGUUUCGAGACGGUUUUGUUCGAUAUUCAUGUCGGCGAUUGCACAAAAUUUCAAUAUUCUAGAUCAGGGAACGUAAAUAAUUUGAUUAUUUGAUACUCAACUGGUACAUAAUAAUAUAUUUGUAGAUGAUGACAUUACUUUUGGAUCACUCUAUUUAAUCUAUUGACAUGUUAUUUAUAUGGAUGAAUGAUCAAAUAUUUUGAAAAAUUAGUUGUUGAUUUGCUGAUAUGGAUUUUGUCGAUUUUUUUAACCCUUCACUGUGGUAUACUGGUUGGUUGGAUGUUGGUGGAUUUUGGUACUGACCAGCUGACUUUGACUGAUGGCAAACUGAUGGGCAACGUCAGCUGUGACGUGCUAUCGUACAUCGUUCGAUAACGAUAACUUGGUAUUACAAACCACUAGUCAAACCUUAAGCAAGCAGUCAUGACGAAAAUAGUCAGAGCAGUCAGAGUAAAGACCCAGGAUAUUUGAAAUCGCCUAUAAUAUUUUUGUUAUGUUAUGAUUUUGGAUAUGUAUUGUAUUGCAAAUAUUGCAUGCAAAUUCCUAUAGUUGAGUUCUUUUUUUAAAAUUUUUACCUGAUUUCCUUAAUUUGCAACUCAUUAAUUUAAAAUUUACUUUCGAUAAAAAUAUAUUUUGUUUGUUAAAAGUUUUUGCUUUACUUCUUUAGCAACAUAUUUGUUAAGAUUGCAAACAGUUUUAUCAUCUUGUAUUUCAGUGGUUCAAGCGAUAAAUAUAUUUGUUAAUAAUAAUCUUUAAGGAUCAAAGUUCAUUUUGUUGUGCUCCAUCAUUAUUUACUGCUGAAGUUCAGACCAGCAGAAUAUACACAUAUCUAUACAUAAAAUAAGAAAAAUGACUAUUUCACGAGUUCUUUUUAAGACUUUGAAGGCAACUAGCCGUACCUACGCAACCAAAACCAAUCUAAAUGAAGUCGUCAUCGUUUCAGCAGUCCGCACACCAAUUGGAUGUUUCCUGGGAUCUCUGGCUCCACUAUCGGCGACACAACUAGGAGCUACAGCCAUUCAAGGAGCGGUAGAAAAAGCUGGAAUACCAAAAGGAGAAAUUAAGGAAGUUUUUAUGGGAAACGUGUGUCAGGGUGGUGUGGGACAAGCUCCAACUCGGCAAGCCACAAUUUUUGCUGGAUUACCAACUUCUACCAUUUGUACCACUAUCAAUAAAGUAUGUGCUUCAGGAAUGAAGUCAGUCAUGUUGGGUGCUCAAGCUUUACAAACCGGAGCUCAAGAAGUUGUCUUAGCAGGUGGAAUGGAAUCAAUGUCCAAUGUACCAUUUUACUUGAAAAGAGGGCAAACCCCUUAUGGCGGCGUAAACUUGGUAGAUGGUAUAGUAUUCGAUGGUCUCACUGAUGUAUACAAUAAAAUUCACAUGGGCAGCUGUGCAGAAAAUACCGCCAAAAAAUUAGGAAUAACAAGACAGCAGCAAGACGAAUUUGCUAUUAGUUCUUACAAAAGGAGUGCACAGGCUUGGCAAAAUAGAGAAUUUGACUCAGAAAUUGUCCAGGUCAAUGUUCCCCAGAAAAAAGGACAACCUGAUAAAGUUGUUGCCGAAGACGAGGAAUACAAAAGAAUAAAUUUUGACAAAUUCUCAAAACUGGCAACCGUAUUUCAAAAAGAAAAUGGCACUGUCACAGCAGGAAAUGCUUCUACAUUAAACGAUGGCGCAGCAGCUUUGAUUUUAACCACAAGAUCAGCAGCUGAAAGAUUGAACCUUAAACCUCUAGCCAGAAUCGUCGGAUUUGCUGAUGGCGCUUGUGAACCCAUCGAUUUCCCCAUCGCCCCAGCAACAGCGGUACCAAAACUUUUAGAACAAACUGGAGUAAAAAAAGAUGAUGUAGCCUUAUGGGAAGUCAACGAAGCAUUCAGCGUAGUCGUUUUGGCCAAUCAACAAUUAAUGGAUAUUGAUCCAAAAAAAGUCAAUGUUCACGGUGGAGCUGUGAGCUUAGGUCAUCCAAUCGGAAUGUCUGGGGCAAGGAUUGUGGUACAUUUAGUGCAUGCUUUGAAACCGGGACAAAAAGGUGUUGCAUCAAUUUGCAACGGGGGUGGUGGAGCAUCUUCCAUCAUGAUUGAGAGAUUGUCCGAACCGCUUUCAAAAAAUCAGUUGCCCAAACUGACCCUAUACACCAAAGACCCUUGUCCGUUGUGCGAAGAAUUAAAAGCAGAAUUAUCACCAUACAUGCAUUUAGUCGACUUUGAAACUAUCGAUAUUUCUCGAAAAGAAAACGUUCGGUGGUUGAGACUCUAUCGUUAUGAAAUACCUGUGCUAUUUCUUAACCAGGAGUUUUUAUGUAAACAUAGGCUAAAUGAAAAUUUGUUGAAAUCUAAGUUGGAACAAAUACGAGAGUUUCAAUAGGAUAUAAAUGAAACUAAUUCUUCUGGAAUCAAUAAUUACACAUGUAGAGAACGAUAUGCAAUAGAGAGUUUGUUGAAAAUCUUUAAUUGAUUUGAACGAGCAUAUAUAUAUAUAUGUGUGUUGGGUUUUUGUUUUUCUCAAAUUGUUAUAUUUACCGUUUUCAAUUGACCCUGUAUUAAUAGAUUAAAUUAAUGUAACUA